AAAUGGCAGCUAAGAGUGUAAUAGCAGAAGUGUCAAAAGAAAAUUCUUGUAAACCACACCCCUACGCUCACAGGAAGCCCUCUGUGUGUGUGUGUGCGCGCUAAAAUCCCCAGAACAGCAGACACACAGAGACGGGCGGCACACAUGCAACGAGUGAUAGAUAAGAAAUCAAAACAGGAAAGAGCACGAGUGAAGACAGAAGUUAAUGGAUAUGAAAGAUAGAUAGAGAGGUAGAAUGAAAAAGAGAGGCAGAGAGAGAGAAAGAGGCGGGACGCUGAAAUUAAAGAGUGUUAGAGGAGGAGAAAGGAGGAUGGAGCUUUUCGUCUGAUGCCCCGGUCUUAUCUGCUUUUUGUUUCUCCAGCAUCUUUAAAGACAGAGGGCACACACACGUGGAGGGACCCCGAUGCUCACCGGCAGCGUUUUUGGUUCUGAAACACGAGGUCAGAUCUUCGGAAAGCUGCUUACACGCCAGCAGCCCACAGACGGAGGUGAAUCACAGCAGAUGAGAUUAUGUGUUUCCACUGGCAAGACCUGAUGAAAACUACUGAGUCCUAAGAACACCAGACUUGUUGGGGAUCGCAGAGAAGCCUGGAGGACUCAUCAGCAAAAACUUAAAACAAAAGAAAUUCUUCCUCUGUCUGGCAUGCCGCAGAGAGUACCAGCUGCACGGGCCACAGCAUGAUGUAACCGGCGGCAUGGACGCUCAAACCAACCUGUCACCAGACUACAAGCAGCUCUCCUGAUACAAGCUUCCUGCUGGUUUGCAAGGCAGCUCAUCUUAACACUGACAUGAAUGUCAGUUCUCCUAAUAUGAACUGCUCCAGUACCAAUGAGAUAAUAGACUACCAGCACCAUUUGUAUGCCGUGGUGUACAGUGUGAUCUUAGCACCGGGCCUGCUGGGUAACGUUCUGGCGCUGUGGGUGUUCAGGGCCUAUAUCAGAGAGACCAAGAAGGCCGUGGUGUUUAUGAUGAACCUGGCUGUGGCCGACCUACUGCAGGUGCUCUCUCUGCCUCUGCGGAUCUACUACUACCUGAAUAACUCCUGGCCCUUUGGGUAUUUCUUCUGCAUGUUCUGCUUCUAUCUCAAGUACGUCAACAUGUAUGCCUCCAUCUACUUCCUGGUUUUCGUCAGCAUACGUCGCUGUGAGCUCAUCAUGCGUCCGCUGUUGUACAACUCGGGUCGACAAAAAGGAGACGUGUUAAUAUGUGGGAUCAUCUGGCUGAUCAUCUGUACUGUCUGCCUCGGAUUCCCUCUGCUGAGACACGAUCCUUCCUUGCAUGAAAGAAAUGACACAAAUAAGUGUUUCACGGAGCUGCCUCUGCGGAAGGAUAUCGGUCCCUCGGCAAUGUGGGCCCUCUUGAUUUUACUAGAGCUGUUCGGCUUCUUCGUCCCUCUCGUUUUGGUGCUAGGCUGCACGUGCAUGACCAUUUGGAGCCUUCGGGAAAAUACAGCAAAUGCUAUUUCUGACAGAGGGGAGAAAAAGAGAGCGCUGAGGAUGAUACUAAGCUGUGCUGUAGUCUUCUUAGUGUGCUUUGUACCGUACCACGCCACGAUGCCUCUCGACCUUAUGGUCAAAGCUAAGAAAGUUACCAGCUGUGACUUUCAGAAACUGGUUCUUCGAAGUCACCCGGUCACACUCUGCCUGGCCAGCCUGAACUGCAGCCUGGACCCUAUCAUGUACUAUUUCACUACUGAUGAAUUCUGGAGGCGACUGAGCAAGCCAGAGAUACCGGAGAGCAUACAUCUCAGCCGGCGUCUGUCCUGUAUAACCGGAGAACAGGACGGAGAGGAGGACUAAACUGCUGGUGGCGACAGCCUCCCUGCAACCACUAACUGAGACUGAAGACUAUGCAAACUUCAAGUUCCUGCAAACUAUGGAAAUAACAUUUAUGCUGAAACGGGAAUGUGAAAAUAUGGAAGUAGAGUUUUAAAAAGUUAUUUUUUUAAACCUAUUUAUUUCUCAAUAAAUGUUUUUUUUCCCUUCCCCCUCUCAAUUUGCAUUUCCUCGAUGAACAGCGAGUAGUGUCAGCAAGUGAAAGAGAGGAAAACCCCAAAACCCAGCGACAGUUUUCCUCCAGAUCCAGUGUUUGGAUAACCUAAUGUCCUUCACAGGACGAUAAAAGGGUUAGUGUUGGUGCCACUUUCACCGGCAUUAUAAUAACAAAGCUGCUGUGACGUUCAGUAGGUAAAGAAAUGCAACUUUAUUCAAACAACAAAGUGGAAUUCAGUUCAGUAGUUGCACACAACAUUGGGAGUUUCCCCGUCUAACAUCUUCUAGUAUUCAAUUAAAAAGCAGAGACAGAAGCCCCAUCUUUACAAACACACUUCCUGUUGAUUGUCUCUCUGUGCAGGCAUCAAGUAGGAAAUCACUGAAAAUGACUUAAAAUGUGCUCGACAGACUUCAGAAAUCAAGGACGACUGUUUUCAUUUAAGCACACGAUGUGUGUAAAGAUCACAGGGAGACUACAGGUAGAUAAUUAGUCAAAUUAGAUAACCGACUGUUUUCAAGUCAAAUUAAGUGAAAUUUCCCUUUAGCUUAUUCAUCGUUAGCUCAUCCCUCUGGUUUAGGAUCACGCAUGAAGCUUGAAACACAAACACAAAAACAAAAACUGGUCAUAUAUUGUAAGGGUGCUGGACUGUUUCCCAUCAGGCAUGAGACCAUCAGUAACACUAAAGUCAUCACACAGCGGCAAUCUGGGGGAUAUCUACAAACAGUGGUGACUGAGAGCUUUGCAUUACCAUCCACGGACAAGCAUGUUACACGUAUACUGUACCAGACAUCUCCAUGCUGACUUGUUCUAUAUCACGCUGUAACAGAAUACAAAUACCUGGUCGAACCUGCACCGUGCACCCGGGUCAGAGCGGCGACAGGAGGCUGACGCAACACACGCCUAAUAUGAUCUCACAAGAAUAUUCAGUAGGAUGACUAAUAGCUCUGGUCUGAAUGUGGCGGGUGUGUUGUUAUAUAG